AAUGCCAGGAUCAUUAUAAAGUAAAGUGGUUAAGAAUAUGGAAAAGGCAUAAAAGUUAAGGCUAGAGAGGGACUCUUAAAGAGCUCUCAACAAUGAGGCACUUUAUUUAAGACCGAUGAUGGAUUGCAGAUUAUAAAUGGAAAAAUAACCGACAAGAACAAAGUCGUUUUCAAUGUAGUAAACACCUUAAAAUCCUCUAAUUGAUAAUCAGAUAAUUGAAAUUAAUAACUCUAAAUAAUUCAACGAAAUAAGAAGAUUGCCAAAGAUUGGAGAGAAUUUACCAAGCAUUUAAAAUAGAGUUCAUAAAUACAGUUUUUUAGAAGGUUGUGAUAGAGAAUCAUCAACCUUAUAGAAAUGUUAACCUAUGAAAGUUUUUGUAUGA